CUAUCAAGCUUUUGCAAGAUUUUCCGGUACGUUUAAUAACUGUUAGGUUACGUAUUGUUUAAUGUUUCAUUAUGUUGUGAAUCAGCGGCUUUCUGUCGAUGAAUAAAAAAAUUAUCAUUUCUUCGAUAAUUCGUUUUGCGACCCGAAGAAUUGUUGCUUCUGUCCAGGGUCUGCAAUCGGAUGCAACAAAUACGAUAUACCUAUAGUACGACGAUAGCUAAGCGGAGACGACCAUCGAGUAUCGAAUCAAUUGAUAAAAUGCCAAGAUCACGGAUGUACUCGCGUUCUAUCUUGAAUGCUCGUCCACCCAACAUGAUUUUGAACUUGGAGUGUACAGAAGAACCCCUUAGUGAAGCCCAGCUUCAAUUAAAAACAAAGCAGAAAGAGAAUUAUGAUAAAGUUAUAAAUAUGUUAGAAGAAUUAGUUAAAGAUCAUGGAGCUAAAUUGAUAUGCCAAAUAGGAGACACCAGUGGUUAUCAAUAUGCAGUACCUACACAAACUCCAACACAGACUUCAGCAGCAGUUCAGAAUACUUCCCAGAUUUUAAAUGUUACUCAACAAAACAAGAAUUCAACACCAAUUAAAUUGAAUAUUACAAGUAAUUCUAGUGGACCUCAAGGAAAUAUUCAGUUAGUAGUUGAUCCACGUAUGGGACAUGUUAUUUUAGGAACUGUUACACAAACCCAAGUUUCAGAUACAACAACUACUACAACCACAUCUGUAGCUUCGACUGUGGCUCCUCAGCCUCAACAAGAGAAUUAUAAGUACACCAGAUCUGGACGUAGGACAAAAGUUCUUCAAGUACAACAACCUGAUAUUAUAGAAGAUCCUGCACCCACAGUUGCUCGCAUGAAAUCAAAGCCUGCAUCACAACAAGUUGUAUCAAAUAAAGUUACUACCACUCCUCCAAAUGUGACAAAUCUCAGAGUGAAGGCUGUCACUAAACAAACAGUACAAUCAACAACCAAAAACACUCCCACUGAACACACUAGUAUAGGUGGAAUAUCCAUUGGCAACAAAAAUACAGCAAGCGAACAAAUUGAUGACUCCAAAAAGCACCUACCUGAUGGCAGAGAAUAUACUUUUAACAAAACAACUGGCGGCCGAACCUACCCAUCUUUAGUCGUAAUAGCAAGACCAAAUUUACGUAACAAAGAAAUUACACCGCAAAGUGCACAAAAAGAAAGACAGGCGUUAGAUGCUAAAGUUAAAAAUGUGCUCAUGUUUUCUGCUACAAAAUUCGCUGAAUGGUUAAUACAGCAAGGCUUAGUAAAAUCGGAACAAUACUGUAUGCAACAUAGUUCGAAUUACCAGAAGCCUAAACUCAAGUUGGGAAUGUACAGCGAUCAGGGAACAUUUCCCUAUUCCGGUGGUUAUGUAUGGAUAUCUAGUUGUUGUCCUGAUAGAUUCGUUUCCGUCUUUUCUGGUUCUAUUUUCCAAGGAGCCCAUUAUACGCCUACAGUCUUAUUAAAAUUGAUUUAUCAUUGGGCGUGUCAAACUAACGUUCAAAAUGUAGUCUCCUGGGUUAAAGUGUCCAAUAUGUACCUAAAAAAUUUUUAUACAAAUCUACGUAGCAUUUGUACAGCAGCAGUAUGGGACAAAACUCGUAAGAUGGGCGGUAAAAAUGCAGUGAUACAAGUCGGCGUAAUUAGUUUAGGCACGACAUCGCAAGAUGGACAUUUACGACAGGUGAAAGUGGAAGUUAUCAGCAUUCUCGAUCCUUCUACAUUGGACAUACGAUUGCGCGCCUGUGAACCAGUACAGGAAGGGGAGAGAUCGUUUAGAAGACGAUUUAACAAUAUUUUACAUCCAUUAAAAGACUGGGUCCAUACGGACUCCAAAAUAAUGACGGAUUUUACUGUCGAUAAAAAUACCUUGAAUGAUAUGGGCUAUAAUCAAGUCUUUCAGUCUUCAUUUUCAGAACAAAGUUCCAGAAAUCUCAUGAGCAAUUAUCAUAUUAUGGAAUAUCUUAGAAAAAUUGUGCCGAGAAUGUUUCAGAACACAUUGAGUUUGCUUAGUAGGCAAAUGAUACAACAGUUUUUAGAUGAAUUAAUAUGGAGGGAACUAUAUGGCGCUACAGCGGAACGCGCGUUUGAUAAUAUUAUACGACAUGUCGCGGAGCAAACUAGAAUCGAUUCCAAUGAGUCUCUGCUAGAUCGUUUAACGAAUAUAGCUGCUAAUCCAUUUCAAGAUUGGUCUUAUUCCAAGUCAACUGAUGCACCAGUUACAACAUCAAAAGAUUCAAUAACUGAUGUAAUAUCUCAGAAACCUCCCGAAACUAUUACAGCAAAAGCACAGCGCCGGGGUAGAAAACGAGGUAGUAAUAUAAUAACUCCAUCAGAAUAUGAAACAAAAAGAGUAAUAAUUGAUCUUAAGAGUAAUAAAGAAAAAGAACUUAAAAAUGAAAAAGAUCCGAAAGAUCAAAUUCAACUUCAAGAAUUAUAUUAUGCUACAAUGGAGGGUGACAGGAAUCACAUCUUAAAAGAAUUAAGGGUUUCCUUACAUUUCAAGUGUUUCCUCUGCACGACUAUAAUGAGAUCUAAUACGGAAGUGAUGGAGCAUAUGGUUAGUCAUGUACCACCGCAAGUGCCGGGUCAACCGGAAUUAUCGGUAUGCCGAUAUUGUUGCACUCCGUUAUCGUCUCGGCAUCAAUUGAUUACUCAUGUGUCAGAAACACACAGCAAUUUCGGUCAUUCUGAAAGCGUCAUGGUAGUUUGUGCUAUUUGCGAGGAGAAAUUUGGAAAAAGCAAAUCGUUAAUUGAUCAUUUGUCAUUGAUGCAUUAUCCUUCCGAGAUGCCAUAUCAUUGCGAAAGUUGCGGCUAUCGUACAUCCAGUCAUAAGGACGUUAUAGAUCAUUAUUAUAAGAUUCAUGAAAAGAGCGAAGGAUUACAAUGCCCAUAUUGUCUUAAAGUAAUAAAUUUUGUAAAUGAGGGCAAUCCAAACGCGUCCAAUGUGUACGCUUAUUUGACGCACAUGCAAAGGCACAUCGUAAGAAGGGAUCAAGGAAAAGGCAACAAAUGUUCAAGAUGCUGUCUCUGGUUCAACCAAAAGAGUUCUUUAACAUUACAUCAGCGGGAAUUACACGAUUAUGUUUUUAAUUCAAAAGCAGUGCCAUAUUCAGCCGGCAAUAGCGGUAUAAUGAUCACAAAAGACGUACUGGAAAUGACACGAUUUACUGUAGAUAGUCCUCUACCCGAAUUACCACCAUAUGAAAAAAUACACAAGUGGAGCACUGGACCAAUUACAGUAAAUACUUCCGUCAAAUAUUUAUCCUGUCAAGAAUGUGAAGAAGAUAUUGACGAAGAUGAACAUUAUCCUGGUGAGCAGCGAUGUCAACAGUGUCGUUAUGUUACGUGUUGUUGGCGCGCAUUCCAAGAACAUCAACAACAAAUUCAUAAUGAAAGACCGAAAACCAGUCUGAUCGUGCCAUCUCCUUUAGUUAAUAUCCCGCUAGAUAAGAAAUUGCAAUGCUUAUGCGGGUAUACAUCGAUUGAUGGCAACCAAUUAGCAAGACACUUAAUAAAGUGUAAAAAAUUGAUAGCACGUCCCAUUGAAAAAUCCGCAUCAUCUGGUAUGCUCAAUAGCUUAGGAUUAGUUCCGAAAACUGAGGAAGCUGAUGAGAAAUCCAAUCCACGCGGUUAAGUUCAACAAAAACAAGAAACACGAUUGCGCU